AUGCCGUACUUCGCGACGAGCCAGGAGUGGUACGAGCAAUCGUCGCUCCUGCUAAAAGCGCGACCGACAUCCACACGCAUCACGUCCAAAUACUCGGUCCUCAAGCCCACCGCCUCCAAGAUAAAGAAGCGCCAAAAGUACGAGGAGAAGCGAGCUUCGAAGCCUACAGAUACCACCGCGCGCGCAUCGUCACCGCCGCCGCAAUCGCAGAAUCCCGAAGAAGUCACCGUGUUCUUCACGCUCAAGACGUAUGAUCCGGAGUCGGGGACAUGUCUGCAGUAUGAGACGAACAAGGGUGCCGAGGUGGGGAGGUUGAUUGGAAAUCUGGGCAGGCUGGGAAGGCACAUGGCAGCGCUGCCGGAGAUAACGGACGAUCUGAGUAUGCCAGCUGGCGGCGAGGCCACAUCCACACCACAGGUUGACGAAGGCGGGGAUGUGAAGAUGGGCGGCGUCCCAGCGGCUGGUGCGGGAACUGGAGGCAAGAAAAAGAAGAAGGGCAAGAAAUGA